AUGGCCACUAAAGGAGCCUACAAACGACUCACCAAGGAGUACAUCAACAUCCAGAAGAGUCCACCAGCCUAUCUCUUCGCCCGGCCCUUGGAAUCCAACAUUCUGGAAUGGCACUACAUACUCAAAGGACCACCAGAAACACCAUAUUAUGGAGGCGAAUACCAUGGCAAACUGGUGUUCCCUUCAGAUUAUCCUUUCAAACCUCCUUCGAUCCGGAUGAUUACUCCAAAUGGGCGCUUCCAGGUGGACACUCGACUAUGUUUGAGCAUGUCAGAUUUUCAUCCAGGAACCUGGAACCCUAGCUGGAGUGUGGCGACCAUUUUGAACGGACUGUUGAGUUUUAUGUCUCAGGAGGAAUCAACAACAGGAAGCAUUACUACCUCUUAUUACGAAAAGACAGUGCUUGCGCUUCGCUCACACGCCUUCAACAUCUCCAAUCCAAAGUUUCGAGGUAAGCAUUUGCUUUUCUGUGCUUGGCCAUUGUUUUUUUUUUUCUAUCGGAGGGAAAUAUAUGGACUAGGACUGAACGACUGA